CAAAGCAUUCAAAAUAAAACACACAUUAUAAAUUGUUGUGUCUAGAUUUCAGUCAUGAGCCUCUUACUGUUUGGCACAGUGUUACUUCUUCUAGGACUUGUUGCAGCUCAAGAAAAUUGCACGAAUGAUGACAUUCGAUUACUAGCCUAUAAUGGGAACAACUAUCUUGAGUACUGCUACCAAAGGGAUUGGCGACAAAUUAAAGAAUCGGUAUGUGAAAAUCAAAAUUUUUACAGGAGAUGUAGAUAUGGUGUCUGGACUGAUACAGAAGCUAGAGUGGCAUGCAAGCAACUUGGCUACAGUGGCGAAGGAGCCCAAUCAGGUUUUUCAAAGCUGAAUUCAAGCCUUGUAUCCUCAAGGUUUUUCCAGAUCACUGGCGGGUGCAGAGGCACCGAGAGUCGCCUACAAGACUGCCCAGACCUGGACUUCAGCUCCAACUAUUGUUUAAAUAACAGAUUUAGAAAUUUUGCUACAUUACAAUGCCAAACAGCAUGCAGUACUGAAGGAUAUACGAGAUUGGUAAAUGGAUCAACUGUUAUGGAGGGACGAGUGGAGGUGUGUGUGAAUGGACUAUGGGGAACAGUGUGCAAUAACAACCCAGAGUUAGCUGGAGCUGUGUGCUCUCAAAUGAGAUUCUCUACAGAAGGAGCAAACGUAGUGAGCACAUUUGGAAGCAGUUUUUCACCUAUCAAUAACUGUACACUAAAAGAUGGAGGAAGCUUAACCUGUGCACCAGUAACUGAGUCGAACACUACAUGCAUGGAGCUUAGGAUCACAUGCCAGCAUAAAGCUCAAUGUAGCAAUACUAGUACAAAAUUUGUGAAUUCAGCAGUUCUAUUGAAUAUCUCUACAUACAAUGAACUGACGGAAAGACCCAGUGUUCUCACUACUACAAUACUAGGAAUCUUCAUUGGAUUAUUCAUUGCCCUUCUGAUUGGGAUGAUCAUAGCUCUGGUGGUCACUUCAAGCCGGAAAAGAAGCACCAGAAAAGUCAUAUCGACUGUAUAUACCAAAAAGCCUGGUACAAGCCAAAACAUAACACCAAGACUACAGAAUGGUGAUCACAGGGAGUCUGGACGUGUAUCCAUGGUGACAGACUUAACUGACAACUCUGCAUAUGGUCAGGUGGAGCAAGAGGAGAAUGCUUAUGAGAUUGAAGAAGACUUAACUGACAACUCUGCAUAUGGUCAGGUGGAGCAAGAGGAAAAUGCUUACGAGAUUGUCACCAUUUGCAACUGACUGAAAACUGAAAACUAACUUUCACACUCACACCCAACACUAGAAUUACGGAAACUCAUACGGAAACUCAAGCAUACACAUAUAAAGUAGUUGAUUUUAGCAGUAUAACAAGCCGUUGUGUAUAUUAUGUUAAUGUUAUUACAAAAUUACAAACAAGAGACACAAUAAUUAUGAUGUAAGUGUAAAUUAACAGAUCUAU